AUGGCAGGGGCUUCAGUUCUGAGUCCUGAACGGCGAAUAGAAACAAAUCCUUUUGAUGUUGAUGCCUGGAACUUGUUGUUGAGGGAGCAGCAGGCCAGGCCUAUAGAUCAGGCUAGGGUAUUCUAUGAGAAAUUGGUGACACAAUUUCCGAACUCAGGACGUUACUGGAAGGCUUUCAUAGAACAUGAGCUUCGCGGAAAAAAUUUCGAGAAUGUUGAAGCGCUUUUUGGUAGGUGCUUGGUUCAUGUACUGAAUAUAGAUUUAUGGAAGACAUAUGUGUUCUAUGUCAGGGAAACGAAAGGCCUUCUGUCAACUUUUAGGGAGAAAAUGGCUAAAGCUUAUGAUUUCGCAUUGGAGAAAGUCGGAUUGGAUGUUAAUUCGUACUCCAUAUAUGCAGACUACAUAUCUUUCCUCAAGAUUGUACCAGCAGUAGGUCAAUACGCUGAAAAUCAGAGAAUCACAGCAGUUCGUAAAGUUUAUCAGAGAGGAGUGUCUACUCCCAUGCUCAAUAUAGACACUCUUUGGCAAGAUUACUGCAAUUACGAGAAAAGCAUCAACCCAACGUUAGCUGAAAAGCUCAUCGCUGAAAGAAACAAAGAAUAUCAGGCUGCAAAAAAAGUUACUAAAAGUUUGGAAGCCGUUACCAGAGGUAUCAAUAGACAAGCAGUUUCUGUCCCUCCCAGAGGAAGCACACAAGAGCUGAAGCAAGUGGAAAUGUGGAAAAAGUACAUUCAAUGGGAAAAGUCCAAUCCAUUGGAAACUGAGGAAUACGGACAGUUCGCUAAGAGAGUCGUUUACGCUUAUGAACAAGCUCUUCUGUGCCUUGGAUACUACCCUGAUAUUUGGUAUGAAGCUGCUGUUUUCUUACAAGAAGCAAGUAAAAUGCUUGAGCAGAAAGGCGACGUCCGAACUGCUCAACAAAUGACAACUGAAGUAGUCCAACUAUUUGAAAGAGCCAUAAACGGCUUGAUGAAAGAUUCUCAACUUUUGUACUAUGCUUAUGCCGAUUUCGAAGAGGAAAGAAUGCAGUUCGAAAGUGUGAAGAAGAUUUAUGAUAAACUACUCGCGAUAGAUACGAUCGAUCCUAGUCUAACUUAUAUUCAAUAUCUCAAGUUCGUUCGUCGAACAGAAGGUGUCAAAUCCGCCCGUUUACUCUUUAAAAGAGCCAGAGAAGAUAAAAGAACAUCUUACCACAUUUUUGUUGCUUCUGCUCUAAUGGAAUAUUAUUGUAGUAAGGACAAAGAAAUAGCUAUGAGAGUCUUCGACUUGGGACUCAAGAAAUAUGGAGAUGAACCCGAAUACGCUUGUGCUUACGUAGACUUCCUUUCACAUCUUAAUGAGGAUAAUAACACCAGAGUAGUCUUUGAGAGAAUUUUAACCUCAGGAACAAUGCCAUCUGAAAAGCAAGGAGACAUUUGGGACCGUUACUUAGAGUUUGAGUCAUUGGUCGGUGAUUUGGCCUCCACUUUGAAAGUUGAUGAACGUAGAAGACAAGCUUCUAAAGAUUCUGGAUCAGAGGCUGUUAUGCUGAUUGAUAGGUAUAAGUUUUUGAACUUGGUACCUUGUACUCAUGAACAGCUCCGAUUGAUGGGAUACAACAAAACUGUUCGUGGAAGUAAUGCUAUCACUUCUAAUGCGGCUACCGCAAACACAAUUGCACCUUCUCGCUCCGUUCAUUGUCCUCAAGCUGCCAGUGCCGUCAUGGGAGGAAACACAGGAAAUAAUAUGGAACUUGGAGGAUACCCCAAGCCGGAUACUGAUCAGAUGAUUCCAUUCAAACCAAAAGUCAAUACUGCUGGUUCAUACCACCCUGUCCCUGGAGGCGUUUUCCCUGCGCCACCAGCUGUCGGACAUCUUAUGUCCAUGCUCCCUCCACCAUGGUCGUUCCGUGGUCCAUUUGUAUCGGUUGAUGCAUUGAUAGAUUCAAUAAUCAAAUAUAGUGCUCCGUCAGUCCCCUCUGUUGAUAUUAACUGCAAGUUAGAAAACGGAACAAUGCUCGGUCCAAUGCGUGUGGAAGAUGUUAAAAAAGAGUUUUACCAAAUAUUGGCAACAACAACAGAUCCUCAUGUGUCCAUGUCUAUGUCUGAUUACGGUGCAAUGGGUACGGGAAAACGAAAACGUGGUGAUUCGGAUAGUGAUGACGAUGGAAGAUCCGGGCCAGCUCUGCGUGAUAUUUAUAAGAGGCGCAUGAACCAAAAAGGAAAUGAUUAA